AGAUCGCUUAAUCGAGAUUCGUAGUUUUUAUACGCUCAUCUCUAGUAAUGAACGUCAAGUACGUUCAAAAACCAUUGCAUAGAACUAAGCAACAGCUAAACACAAAAUGUGCUCAGUAGGAGAAAGAGAUGUCUUAUGGUAGUUUCUAAUGUCAGAAAGAGAUAGCUUAGGUGCACACAGUUUUUCUAAAAUGUUUUUUAUAAGUGCCCACCAAGUGCCCACUAUUUCAAACGUACUUUUAUGGGCAAUCAAUCGAGGAGGACGGGAUAAGAAAAAACUUGUAAAUAUUUAUAAAAAAUCAUAAUGAUUCGUUUCAAACUAGUUUAAAAUAAAUUUGGAAAAUAUGUGAUUACUUGCGACGUAUCAUGGAGUAAAUUCCACUCCACAUUGUUGCUACAGCUACACUGUUUAACGAUACAUUAAUAUUUUGUGGUCAAACAUGGAUAACAGGAUAAAGUGGAUAAUAUUAGGCUCAGUGCCUGUGUGUUUAGCCUUUAUUUGGUAUUUACCGUUUACAUGGAGCUUGAUUUAUUUGGUAAUAUUUAGUGUCUUUCUAAUAACAACAGUGUUUGCGUUAACACUUUGGAGCCAUGUCGCCCUAUCCUCUCCUCAUCAAACUUCUUUGUUCUUGCUGGAUAGAGUGGAAAAAGAAGCUCGUCAAUUAGAGGAGGCUUUGAAGGAAGACCAAGGCACAUGGCCCCAUUCUACCAGGAAGACUCAUUUACCGGUGAUAUUCGGGCGUACAGUGGACAGUCAGUUGCAGCUUUUGAUUGACAACAUCCUGAGAGACUUUGUGCUUCGAUGGCUGAAGGAACUCUCGCAUAAACCCGAACCUGUUGUGGAUAAAUUCAAGGAGCAUGUCUGGGGUGCCAUUCAGAACCUCUAUGAGAGACUACUAAAAGUUGACGCUGAGAAGCUCUUAGCUAAUGACAUGAUCACCAAAAUUACUCAGCAUUUUGAACGGAUUAGAAUUGCUCAAAGUUGUGCAUUGGAACUAAACCAGCCCCCAGUAUUCGCGUUGGCUCCCCACCUGAUGUCCUGUGAGACGGAGCUGCACUACCUGCGGCAGAUCAGCGAGCUCAUCAUCAUGUUCCUGAUGCCGCGCUGCUAUUCGCUGACCCCCGCCUCGCAUCUCAUGAGGGAGAUCUUGUCUUGUAAAGUGCUCCAACCAGCGAUAGACUUAGUAACAGAGCCAGACUACAUCAACCAGAAGAUCAUCCAAUACUUGGAGGCGCAGAAGGAAGUAGAUGCGAUGCACGUUCGGACCCACGAGUACGCGAAGACGUUCGAGGAUUACAUUCGACUUAUCAACAGCUGUAACAAUGUCGACACGCUGAAACGGUUACGAUAUGACAUAGUGACUCAGAUUAUGCAGGCCACCACACUUCAGAAUAUGAAACGGGCGAAAGGGAUUGAUAUAGACGCGGUAGAGAAGACAGGGAUGCAGCAUAAUAUUAGUAGACAGCAGAUAGCUGAUGCUAAGAAGUUGAAGAAGUAUAUUGCUCAGCUGACGAUUGCUAAGGCGGAGUGUGAAGCGGCGUUGAGGAAGUUAGGUUGGGACGGCGCGUUCCCGACUGUCGAGUCUAAUAGCAAGACUCUACCUCUUCACAAGGUAAUGGAGAGUGUGACUGGCCGGCGUUACCUAUCGAUGUUCUUGGAGACGCUGUGUUCACCUGGUCUUGUGGGGUUCUGGACGGCUGUGGAGGAGCUCCGACACAGUCCCCGAAGCAGCUGGCACCAGCUCGGGGCCGAGAUAUUCUACACAUACAUACGGUCGCCCAGCGCAGAGAUAAAAGUCGAUAAGGACACCAGAAAAAGAAUGGAAGCAUUCCUCCUAGGCGAUAAAGGGCCAGAAGUGUUUUAUGAAGUCCAAGAGACGGUGGUGGACACGAUACAAGAGAAAUAUUACCAUUCCUUCCUCAUGAGCGAACAGUACACUGCUUUAAUAGCAGAACUCGCCACAGAAGAGGCUAAUAGCAAAGAGCAAAUUAACGACAGGUCGCCGAUAGAAGACCGGCAGCUGUCCAACGAGUCUGCGUCAUCAGCAGAGAGCGCUGGCGGGGCUUUACACCUCGCUGACCACUCCACCUACGCGAGGAGGAAGCUCGACCAGCUCCAGGAGAGACACAAUAACAAGAUCCAGGCGUUAGCAGCCCUCCGCGCGUCGCUGAAGCCGGAGUCCCCAGCGCUGGCGAUGCUAGCCAACGAGGUAGAUCGCUUAGCGGGCGAGCAGAUGAGGUUAGAGGCGCACCUGGCGCGGACAGACACGUGGGCCGACCACCUCGGCCGCUGGCGCGCCACUGUUCACAGCGCUGAGGUGAUAGAGGAGUCGAAGCCUCCGCAGUUCGUGAUCGUGGUGCACAUGGCGGAGUCCCCCGCGCCCCCUGGCGGCGCCGACGAGCGGCCCGAGCACAUCUCCACCGGCUGGGUGCUGCUGCGGACGCUUAACGAGUUCCAGGAGCUACAUAGAAAACUGCGGCCUAUGUGUGCAGAGCUGAAAAACUUGGAGCUGCCGUCCAACUCGUUCAAAUUCCUAUUCGGGAAAAAUGAUAAAAACUCACUAGAAAAGGCCAAAAUUUUGAUACAGAAAUAUUUAGAAUUUGUUUUAGAAGACGACCGACUGAACCAAAGCGAAGCUUUAUAUACAUUCCUCAACCCCAGCUCGGAGUAUUUGAAACAGGGAGACUUACCAAAGAAGAAUAAGUUCUCUUUUUCUACGUUAUUCAAAAGCACAAGCAGUGAAGCGACGACGCGGUCGUCCCAGGAGCGAGAGGCGUUUGCGCAUCUGUCGGCCGACGAGGACGAGAUAUCUCUGUACCUGGACGGCAACGGCGCAGACGCAGCUAACAAGAAUGUUGCUGGUGCUAUGAAAGGUGUGGGUGGUCUAAGCGAAGAGCGAGACAGCAUAGCGGAGCCGCUGUACGCGCUCUUAAGCGAAGUGUUCGACAUGCGCGGCGUGUUCCGCUGGCUGCGCAAGACGCUCGUCACCUUCGUGCAGAUCACUUAUGGCAGGACCAUCAACAGACAGAUCAAGGAGACGAUAUCGUGGCUGUUCUCGGAGCAGAUGCUGCACUACUACACCAGUGUGGUGCUCAAGUCGUGGUGGCCGGGCGGCGUGCUCAGCGAGACAACUACCAAUAGGAACUUUCAGGAUAAAGAGCACACGGUGACGCUGGCGCGGCAGCAGCUGUGUGACGCGGUGUGUGACGCGCUGGCGUCGCUGGUGGGCGAGCAGGCGGCCGCGCGCGGCGCCAACAAGCUCUUCCACACGCUGCAACACACCACGCACAACAAGCAGCUCUUCUAUGAACUAUUUGAGCUGGUCCUACUGGAGGUAUUCCCUGAGCUCAAGCGCUAUCAUUGAAGCGACGUAGGCAAGAGAAGGUUGACAAUAGAUAUAUCAAGAUUGUAUAAAACUUACAGGGAUUAUGGCCACAAUUCUUCCCCUACAUUUUGAUACUCCGAUGAGCAUUCCUUUUUUCUACUCUCUAUUUCGACUGAAAUGUUUUAAAGUAAUGCAUAAUUUUAAGUCUUAUAAUUUAGCAAUAUAAUUGCUAUGAUCUCUUUAUGUGUUGCCAUACCGCGCCCGGUGAUGUUUUAGAUUAAUUAUCUAAAGUUCUUAUGUGAGUUCACUAGGUGCCAAAGGUUGCACUAUUUGUUGUGCUUUUAACUACGUAACACGAAAUGUAAGGCUUCGUGCAGACUCAGCGAAUGUGUCGCGAAUGCGCCAAAUGUGCGCAAAUACAGUAAAGCCUCAUAUCCACUAGGCAACAACUACCGCGCAACACGUAACGCUCAACAUUUACGGCAACGUUGCACAACAACGCGCGACGUUGCCAGCUGAAUCGCAACAUGUAAUGUUACCUACUGAGUAAAUAUAGGCUGGUAGUGACAUCGUAACGAAUACUGAGGGAGAUGAUUCGGAUUAUGAUUCUGAGUUAAUAUGUGGAAUUAUCCGUCGGAAAAUUCAUGUUUUUAUUUUUUGUUUUUUAAAAUUAUUUUCAAUUCUAUACUUUUGCUAUGGAAAAUUCCACUUGAUAUUAACUCAGAAUAAUGAGCUGAAUCAUCCCUCUCAGUAUUUGUUACGAUGUCACUUACACCCCGUACAAGUACAUACAGAUAGCCAAACAAGUAGGUAUGGGUGUUAGAGACAACGUAACGAAUAAUGAGGGGGAUGGUUCAGACCAUGAUUCUGAGUUGAUAUCAAGUGGAAUUUCCUGUCGGAUUUUUUUUGUUUUUUUAAAUUAUUUUCAGUUCCAUACUUUUGCGGCGGAAAAUUCCACUUGAUAUCAACUCAGAAUCAUGGUCUGAAUCAUCCCUCAAAGUUUUCGUUACGAUGUCACUAACACCCUGCAUAUAUCUGAAAAAAAAGCUGCCAAUGUCCUUUCUAUUAAAGAGUUUUUACCGGCACAUCACUGGUCAUGCACGAAGUUCUCGAGGCUGUCGAAGACAGACGUAUUCCUGUCUGUUUUAAAGUCUCAUACUUACAUCAGUACCAGUUGUAUAAUAAAUUAAUGACUUAUGUACCUGAAAGCUAUUUUUAAAUGAAUCUCUGUAGUUUAUUAUGUUUAUAUUUAAAAAGAAAUCGAUUCUAGUCUUCUUAAUUUCUCUUAAAUGAGUUCGUUGUAUUAUAGCGUUGUGUAAGGUAUUUUAUGUUUGCCUUUGGCUGUGGUAUAAGGUGCACUAAGCAAUUGUUACGUAAAAGCACUAAAUCUUGGAAUUUCAUAUAUUUAUGUAUUUUCUAAUGUUGAAAUCGUGAAUUGUAUAUUUUUAUAAACUUAACAAGACGUGGUCUAAAAUUCUCGAAUUUCGUUUUAAUCUCACGAAAAUCAAAUUGCUUAAGUAUUUAAUUAGAUAAAAUAAGUGUAAAUAAUGUUAGUGUUAAUGUAUUGGAAUAAAAUGUAGUAAAUAAAUAUUAUACUUUUUAAUAACUUUCAUGGCAUUUGAAGGGGGAAACUGCCCACCAAAUCGUCACUGACUUAGCUAACUGCCGUAUCUGAGAUUUUUAGCGAAUCUGAUUUACACCUUUUGUUAUUGGCAAUAAGACAAAUUAUUUUAGCAAAAAACUGCAGAUACGUCAGUUUGCAAAGUCAGCCACGAAAUAUUAUAGAUAUGAUUGUUCGUCGUGGUUUCUAAUAUUGUGAAUUGUUGUUAAACUAUCCUCUGUGUAAAAUAUACUUAAUUUUGUUCAUAAUAUCUCCGUAAUAUACUUAAACCUAUGCUUAAGUACGUACCAAAUUCAGAUAUAUUUUGAAUAGCCCGUUUUUACUUUGUAUCAGAAUCUUUGGAGCUACUUACUGUUUGUUAAAAUAUACGAAUGUUGACUAGUCUAACAAGCUGUACGUAACGCAUUCUGUGUUAACAUGUUAAGGCAAAUAAAGUAUUAUAUGUAUUUUAUACAA